AUGGAGGCAUUAGCUCGUGCAAACGACGGAGUCGCACGGUACACGGUUAACGGAGUAAAGGGCCCAUCCUGGCUUUCACAGCUUAGUCACUUCGACUUGGUAAAUAGUAUCGCCAUUGAUUACAUGCAUGGCGUUCUUUUGGGUACGCAAAAAUUACUUUUGACACUUUGGUUCAGCUCUAAAUUCUCGAAAACGCAGUUCAGUAUAUCUUCGAAAGUACAACUAGUAGACGCUAGAUUGCGUCAAAUUUCACCCACGUCUGAAAUUAAACGACUUCCACGAUCGAUAGAAGAGCAUGUAAAAUAUUGGAAAGCAAGUGAACUUCGCUCGUUUCUUUUAUAUUAUGGCCUUCCUGUUUUGUAUGGCAUUUUACCAGAUAAUUAUUUUAAUCACUAUGCCCUAUUCGUCCAAGCUCUUUACAUACUUCUAAAAGAUUCAAUAUCGGACGCCGAACUUAAUGAAGCCGAAAGACUAAUUUACAAUUUUUGCAAAUCGUUUUCACUUCUUUAUGCAGAACGUUUUUACACGCUGAAUGUUCACCAGUUACUGCAUUUAGCUGACGAUGUAAAGGAACUCGGACCGCUCUACACGCACAGCUGUUUCACAUUUGAGGAUAAAAAUGGAUUCAUUUUGAAACUUAUUCAUGGCACACAAUGUAUUGAUAAACAAAUUUUUUCUGCAGUCACAUUAACCCAAAAGUUGCCUGAACUCCGGCGCAAAUGUUUGCCCAAAGAUUCAGAGAUGGAAUCCCUUUACUUAACUUUAACGCGUUCCUCUAAAUCAAAGUUUAGAACAGAAAUUCUUCCCCAUAUAUAUGCAAUCAGCUCUACCUAUCAAACAGUGUUGACAGAUGCGGAAUUUAAUGCUUUGAGUACUUUUAUGGGUUCAGCAUUCUCUGACAGAUCUCGCACCACUCAAGUUUGUCAUGGCGGCGAUAGGAAGCCUUUGUAA